GGAGUCUCCAAAAUUGAGUCUUGAUGUGCCACAGUAGCACGGUUCCAUUCCCAAUCAUCGCCUUGCCACAAUGACUUAUUGUGCCUCAAAUAUAUUGCCAGUGUUCACCUCAGUUCUUUACCUCACAGGAACUGGUGGCCUCACCUUGGCGUCUGGAUCAAGUUCCAGUCUUCAAUUGAGACAAGAGCGAACUUGCUCCGGGAACGAUGCCUUGACCAUCUUAAAUACCAUCCCAUCCUGUCAGCCGCGCGAUACCAUCGUUGAACUGCCUCAAAUAAAAGACCCAGACUUGUACCAGGUUCUCCCAGAGGUGAUUCGUUUGUCUCAAUGCACCGGCUCGUGCCAUCGUGGAAACCAAUACCACACAUGUGUUCCAACUCAAACUCGAACAUUGGAACGAAAGGUUAUGGUUCAGCGCCUCAAUAGUUCGGGACACGUUUAUUCCACGUGUGCAAUGGUAAACCUUGAGGAGCACUUGGCUUGUGGCUGCGGUUGCGGAAUCUCGCCCAAAAACUGUCGAAGUAAUCAGUAUUUCAAUUCCAAUCUGUGUCGUUGUGACUGUCAAGACCGAUUGGAACAUGCCAAUUGCAUUCUGAACGACGCUGGGCAAGGUCUGAAAAUGUGGGACCCUCAAAACUGUCGGUGUCGUUGCGCCCAGUCUUUCCGAGAAUGCUCCACUGGGUACAUUUAUGACCAACUGAACACCUGCAGGUGCAUUCCAGAGCUUCGUCCAGCCAAUACGGUGCCAUUGGUGGCCUUGUUGGUGGCUCUUAUUGGCACCAGCACAUGCUUGCUAGUGGUGUUUAUAAAUUAUCGAAAAACGAAGAGAGUCCUUGUCCAAUUUCAUCUCGAUAAAAACCGAUCUCAGCAAGAGAAAGACACCAC